CUUAAAUUAAGUUUGAGAAUUAAUAAGGGACAGAACUCCACUGAUCGCCGGCAACAACAGGUUGCCCUUCCGGUAAUUUUCUUUCCAUUUUGUUAAGAUGACUUCGCAGAAGGUACGGACAUUUGUGCUAGAAACAGAGGAACAAUUGGCGCAAAAACUUGGCUUAGAACUGGUCCGUUGCGAAAAGCAAGCAUUAACAAAAGGUCGUUCAUUUCGCAUAGGUCUAUCAGGCGGCUCUCUAGUUCAACUUCUAACCAAAGCCAUAACAUCCACUCCUCAGCUAGACACAGCUCGUUGGGUGUUUUUCUUUUGCGAUGAGCGUUAUGUGCCAAAUGAUCACAGUGACUCUACUUUCUUUGCCUACAAAACCCACUUGUUGACCCAAAUACCUACUAUUUUGGAGAAGCAGUUCAUCAAAGCUGAUACUACUAAGCCUUUGGAUGAGUGUGCCGCUGACUAUGAAUCCCGAUUAAGAGCCGAGUUUAGCGAUAACACUCUCCCCCAAUUCGAUUUGCUGUUACUAGGUAUUGGACCAGAUGGACACACGUGUUCAUUGUUCCCAGACCAACCGGUUGCACUCGCUGAGGUCAAGCGUUUGGUUAUACCAAUUCGAAAUUCACCUAAGCCGCCGCCAGAACGCAUCACAUUCACAUUUCCUCUUAUCAACAAUGCCACUGAUACCAUUUUCGCCCUAAUGGGUGCCGGAAAGGCAGACAUUGUAAAACGCGCAUUUGUCGAGUCAGAUGAACAACUACCUGCAGCAUUGGUGCGGCCCACAAAAGGACAAUUGACAUUGAUCAUGGACAACGGUGCCGGUCAUAUCUUUUUGCCAGCAAAAUGACCUAAAAUUUGUAUAUUAAUUAUAUAUCGACAUAUGUGUGUAUGUUUGUACAUAUGUAAAUAUUUACUGCAGUUAACUAUUAAAUAUGCAUCUAUAUGUACUUUUAAA